CUCUUUGCUUAUGUURGGUUAAAAGUAGCUCUUAAAAAAUAUUUUUUUUGCAAGAAUAUCUGGAUAAUAGCAACUUUAAAGAAGGGUGAAGAUGGGAAWGGUUUAGUUUUUCAAAUGCUACCGGGAAAAGAUUGGCGAUAAGGUGGUCUGGAGAGGUAAAAAGACUAAAGUUUCGCGGUUACUAGGCAAAUAACUGGUCGUAUCUCGAUAUUAUCACCAUAUUUUCGUCUUAAAAAAGAUUUGCCAGCUUGAAAAACGAACGUUUCGUAAAUGGAGUUGAUGGGAUUAUCGUGAGAUUAUAAAAAGGCCGAAUAAAAAAGCUCAAGAAAACAGAAUAAAGUCGAAUGCAACCACCAGGUGUAACUUUAAAAUAACUAACCCAAAGAUUUGAUAAUUUGCUGCAGAACUUCUUGAUAACAUUCAAACAAAGAAUAAAAGGUCGGUGAUGUAUUUGUAUUCUAAUAACUUUCAUUCAUGGUAACUUCAAAGUUUUUUGUUUGGAAACGUUUUUUGGAGACUGUCAAGCUUUCAAAUUUAUUGAAAAGGUGCUAGCUCAAAUAUGCCACCGAAGCAACCAGCUCAUGUUGUAUGCUACAUCUGUGGUCGUUUGUAUGGAACWUCCAGYAUUUCCAUCCAUCUCCCAAAGUGCAUGGAAAAAUGGCAAAUUGAAAAUAAUCAGCUGCCGAAGCAUCUACGUCGACCACCCCCUAGACAGCCUCAGGGAUGGGGAGUUGGUGGUUUGUCCAACAACUCCAGAGAACGUGGAAACCAACUUGAAACAAUGAAUCAAAUGGCUUUUGAGGCAUCACAAAUGCAACUUGUUCCUUGCGAGAAUUGUGGAAGGACUUUUAAUCCAGAUAGGUUGCCAGUUCACCAGAGAAGCUGCCGUUCAAAUAACGCAGCAAAACCUUCAAAAAACUUUGACCCUUCCAAGGCGCAGUCAGGCAGUCCAGGGUCUGCAGCCUCUUACCGCACUCCAAGCCCAAGGCAACCCCUGAAACCUCGAACCGUUGUGUGUUACAUCUGUGGACGAGAAUUUGGCACCAAGUCAAUAAGCAUACAUGAACCACAAUGUCUAAAGAAGUGGGUCCUGGAAAAUAAUCAAUUACCUAAGAAUAUGAGAAGACCGCUUCCUGUGAAGCCACAAAUCUUACCAAGCCUUGGUGACGGCAGUGGUGGAAUGGACUUGGAUCGAAUGAACCAGCUCGCAUUUGAGUCGUCCCAGAGUCAAUUAYUACCUUGCCCAAACUGUGGAAGAACAUUCUUACCAGAUAGACUGGACGUUCACUUAAGAUCCUGUCGACCAUCAUCAAAAAGUAUGCCUGUAAAUGCAGGUACUCGGUUGUCUUCAUUGAAUUCCAAUCCAAAUUUCAGUUCUACAGCAGGAGGCCAGCCCAACAAAAAUAAUUUUGGUUUUUCAAAAGAAGGGACAUUUACUUUAGAAAGAAGUAGCAGCCCUUCCUAUGAACAACAAAAUACAUUCAAAAACAAAAACACUGAGAAAUCAUCCCGUAAUAAAUCACGUGGAAAAACAUCCACAAAUGGGACAAGACGUCCACCUGCAAGACUCUCACCUCUCGCAACAUCUGCAUCACCUAAAGGAAGUUCCAUGAAGCCACAAAAACAACAAUUUGAUUAUAAUAACAAUAAUUAUAGUAGCCCAAAGGUUAAUUAUGAACAGUAUAAUGCUGCCGCAGGAGGGUAUCAAGAAGAUUAUGAGGAUUCACCAGGUAAUCUGGUCCCAUGCGGUAAUUGUGGCCGCAAAUUUGCAGCUGACAGACUCUCGAAGCAUGCGAAGAUAUGCCAGAAGGUCGGCAACAAGCAGAGAAAGGUGUUUGAUUCUACAAAAGCUAGGACUCAAGGUACUGAGUUAGCAGCUUUCCAACACAAGAAAAAGCCUGAUCCACCAAAACAAAAGAGCCACUGGAGGUCAAAACAUGAGGAAUUCAUAAGAGCAAUACGGGAUGCCAAAAAAGUAAAACAACAUCUUGACAAAGGUGGCAAACUGUCGGACCUCCCACCACCUCCACCAAGUGAAAACCCUGACUACGUACUAUGCAGAUUUUGUCAACGACGAUUUAACCCAACUGUUGCAGAAAGACACAUUCCAAAGUGUCAAAACACAGUGAAUCGACCAGCUCCYCCRAAGCAAAGGGCUAUUCCCUUGGACRGAAGGGGUGGGGCUUCUAGAAGCCCCAAUACYCUAGGAAGAGGCGCAGGACGAGGUUCUGGAAGAGGUUUUAGUAGAGGAGCUAUGAUGAGAAAACAUAGAUAACUAUAAUUAACACUGGGUCACAAUAUAGGACAAGUGAUCAAACUUUGCAAACUAUCAUGAACCAAAUGUAUUUUGGUUUUAGAGUGUGAAUUGAAAAGUCAUGACCACCUAGAAAUAUUUCUGGAAUGUUUAUUGUUCAUUGACCAACCUGAGAAGCAAAUCCAUCUAAAAAAACAUCAAGGUUACAAAUAAAUUAAACUAGUAUUAUCAACAAAAAAUACCCUAUAAAAGUUCACAAAUAUUACAAUUUUGUUGUGUGAGAAUAAUUAACACAAAUUUCAUUUGUUUUUUAUCAUGCUUUAUUUUUUCAUGCUUUUCAAUUCACUGUAAUUGAAUGUACAUAGUACAUUGCAAAGCACUGAGUUUGACCUUGUGCUUGCAUGGACUACUGACUUUGGCACUAUGGCAAUUCUGAGUUCUGUGAAUAGUCUUCAAUGAGCAGUUCAGUUUGCUUUUUUACAGCAGAAACCGUUGCAUCRCUUCUUCAAUGUUCAAAGGAAAUAGUUGGGAUUUAGUUUUUCUGCAACUUGGGGGCGGAGCUUGAUACUAAUCAGCCAAUGAUUGAACUAGUUUUCGAAAAGCUCCGCCCCUCAGAUUGAAAGAGAGAACAAAAUCCAGACAAACUUCAAAACAAAGAGGUCGUAAUGCAACGAUUUCCGCUGUAAUUCAUAGACACAUGAAUUGCACUAAACAAAAAUGGGAGCAAUAACAAUUUAUAUUUUUGUAGGAAUAGUUUUGAUUGUUAUUUAACAAAUAGAUCUCAUUUUUCCGUGCGUGUGUACUCUAAUAGAUACACAGAUG